AUGUGGUUGAAAGGGGAGAAAGCUGUCCUGGGUUCACAGAGUGGAAACAAUCUCUGCAGAUUCCUCCUGAGAGCUCUUCCCACACCUUCUACCUACACCUUUGAAUCUCCACCACCUGGAUGGGUAGGGGCUGGUGGCUACGGGAAUGUCCUAGCUCCAGGUCCUGUGGCCCAUUACUGCAGCCACUUUUUUGCAAACAGCUUCAUUAUCCUCACUCCAUCUACUUCUUCCAUCACCACUGCCAGGCAAGAGAAUGGUUCUGGAUCAAAGCACCUACCUACUUCUCUGCUGAGAUCUCCAGGCUACUGUGCUUCUCUCUACUCUUCCUGUCGGAGCGCUGGCAGCGCCCCAGGCGCCAAGGCGGGUGCCGUCAGCGACACAGAACUCUUGCUUCCGAGGAGAGCGCCCCGGACGCGUCCGGGAGGAGGGGAAGCCCGAGCUCCCGGGAGAGUCGGGGACCCGGGGCGCGGGCGGGCCAAGCGCGCAAAGGCUCUCGGUCGGGCCCCCAGCCGGGGCGGGAACAGGUGUCUCGGAACUCGGACCCGGGCGGAGCCGCUCGCCGGCCAAAUCCCGCGGGAACUGCCCUCGAGCGGCGUCCGGUUGCCAUGGAGACGCGGGUCCCCGCGCGGCCGGCCGACCGACCGACCGACCGACCCUCGGCGCGGCCUGAGCCGCGGUCCCCCCGCGCCGCGCUCCACCGCGCUCCGCCGCCGCGUCCGCCGGGGCCGCCGCGCAGGACACACGGAGAGGCCCGACGGCGCGCCCCGCCUUCGGGAACCCGAGCGAAGCGAGCGCCGGAGGCCGCCACCGCCCCGGCCCCGAACCAGGCCGGCGGGCGAGGCCGCCUCGGAACCCAACUGCCUUCGCGCGGCCCCGAGGGCGCCGUUCCGACCGCAGCCCCGGAGCCCCGAGCGCGGCCGCCGCGUCCCCGUCCCCCGAAGCCCCGGCAGACCGCCGCCGCCUGGGGUAAGGGGCGUCGUGGGGCGGGCGGGGGGAGCGCCACCCCCGACGGGCCCCGGGAAGGGCGGCUCGGGAGGCGACUCCCCAGCCGCCUGCGCCCUGCGCGCCCCCGCCCCUCCGCGACGCUCGGGGCCGCCCGCAGGUGCCACCUGCCCCGCCUCCGCCUUGCGCGCCGCGACGGAGUCGGGCGGCCAGCUGAGCCUGGCGUCGCCGCGGGCAGGCGCGGGGGCGGCCGUGCCCCGCGGCCCCGGCGAGCUGGGCUCGGCCCGCGAGCCCCGCGCGGAGGACCCGGCGCUGCCCGCCCGCGCCGCGCGCAGCGACACAGGCUCCGCCGGGGCGGCCGAGAGCACGGGCUUCCCCGACUCCGUCUACGUUACGGCAGCGAACAUUUUCCAGGGUAUUCGGUUCGAAAAGUCACCGGAGCACGUCUUAAUCAAGUACGGGGAUGAACCCUUGCGGUCCUUGCCCGAGUCGGAGGAUGAAUCCUUGCAGCGUUCGUCCUACGAGCUGGCUUUCAGCGCCCUGAAGUUUCAAGAUAUUUUGGAAACAAUAUUAAUAGAUAGCUAUAUCUUCCCAAGUACCACAAUACCAGAUCACUUGAGCAGUCUUAUUAUUGUGAUGCUGUAUGAUUUCCAAGACAGAAAAUUUCAAGCUCGUCUCCUUUCUGAUAAUGAAGAGCCCAUAGCAGAAGUUCAAGAAGUAGAGAGUCUUCUUAACAGUUUUAAGACGAAGUUGGCUGCAGCAUUGGCAAGAUGUCGAAUCAAACAUGAUGCCCUUUCAAUUUACCACAUUCUUCCAGAAACAAUUAGGAACCAGGAACUAAGGGCCUCCACUUUGCCACUUUAUGCUUGGAUAAAUACUUGUAAAAUCAGCCCUGAAGAAGUUUAUUAUAGUUUGAAGAAAAAAGGUUAUCAUAAAGUCAAAUCUGUAUUACAUAUUGAUGAUAAAGUCUUUGCUGUGGACCAACAUUGCCAUGAUGUCUUAAUUUUUCCAUCUCAUCUUAAAAAUGAUCUUCUAAAUAUAGAUCUUUUCAAAGACUAUAAACUUAUACUUCAGGACAAAUCUCGAAGUCUCGCUGUCCAUUCUGUAAGGGCUUUAUUAAAUAUGGAUGAUGAUAUCUUAAUGGUCAAUACAGGUUCAUGGUACACAGUUGCCCAUAUGUCAGUCUUAACAAAUAAUAAUACCUCAAAAAUAUUUGUGUGUGGAGUAAAGUCACAAACUAAGGAUCCUGACCUGAAGAAUCUUUUUACAAAAAUGGGAUGUAAAAAUAUUGAAAUACUUCAUGAGACAUUUCUUAACAUUGAAUCAAAGGAUCAUAGAUUACAGAAAGUUAAAGUGAUUCUGUUGCUACCUCGUUGUUCAGGACUGGGUGUUAGUAAUCCAGUAGAAUUUAUACUAAAUGAGCAUGAAGAUACAGGUUUACUUAAAGAUUUCUCUCAAGGAGGCACAUCAGAAGAUAAACUUCACAUUCUUGCUCAACAGCAAUAUGAACAGCUAACACAUGCAAUGAAAUUUACUAAAGCUCAAGCAGUCGUUUAUUGCACAUGUUCAGUUUAUCCAGAAGAAAAUGAAGCUGUUGUUAAAAAAGCACUGGAAUUUCAGGACCUGGGGAAUAAAGUACAGCCUUAUAGGCUUAGUCCUCCUGUUCUUCCAAUGUGUUCCUUAAAGGAAAUACAUCUGUCUACUGAUAAAUUUUUCAGAAUGGAACCAUCUGAAAUUACCAAUGGUUGUUUUCUUUCUGUUCUAACAAGGGAGCGGGACCCAUCUGAGACAGUGUCUGUGAAGGAUGUUUUGGCCCGGGCUGCAGCAAAAGGUCUAUUGGAUGGAAUUGAGUUAGGUAAAUCUUCAAAACGGGAGAAGAAGAAGAAAAAAUCAAAAACAUCAUUGCCAAAAGCUCCCACUAAUGACAAUAACGGGAUCCAAAUGAAAAUCACUGAGUUCCUGAAUCGAGAAACAAAUGCAAAAGCUAAUCGGCCAGAGAUAUUAACAAAAACAUCUUUUCCACAGAAAAAUGCAACUCCAGCAAGUUCUUCCUCACAGGUCAGAAAACCUGGCAAGCCUGCCAACAAUCCCUUAGCGCCUACACUUACGAAGAACACAGCUCACCCCAGACCAUAUGAACGGCAGACCAGCUUCCUAAGACCUCGCUCAGAAGACAGAGUGAUUGCUCUGAAACCCAUCGAAAUUGUUCUGCCUCCGGUAAUGUUGCCAUUUUCAAGUUCCCAAGGGAUCAAAUCUCAGCUACCAACUCAACAUUUUUACUAUCGUUGGGUUGGACCCAAGACUGUCAUGCCCAGCUACUUUCCCUCACCAUCAAUAACCAGAAGAGGGGAAAAGCCUAAAGAAAACUUACCUUCCUCCCUACUCCGGCGUCCUCGACCAUGGCUUUGACUGUCUUGUGUUUUUUACAGGGGUCAAGAGCAGUUAAAUUUUUUUUUUUUCAAAGUCUGAUAUUUCUCUGAAGGUUAGAUAACCCUACACAAGAUACUCAUCCUUUGGUCACUUAGUAUCUUCUAAAUGUGAUAUUACCUUCAAGAGAAUUAGGACAAGUGAGAAAAUAAUGUAAGUGAUCCAACAAAAGCAGAAUUCCUACAUUUCAACAGUUCAGUGCUGAUCUGUUCUAGAAUGUCCGGCUGUAGACUCAGUAUCAGCUGUUAGAACUUGUCUUCUUGCUAACUUUCGGUCUGGACUCAGGAUACUGUUUUAAGAGGAAGCUGCAAGUUUUUCCUGCAGGGAAACACUGCCUCAUAACAGAUGUGGGGCUGGUGACUGGAAAGUGUGGCCAGGGAAAAGAUGCUGGCCUUCACGCCUACUUGAGGUCACUUUUCUGUAUCUAUUCAGUUGUGGUUUGACAUUUUCCAUCACUAUGGAGGUCGAUUUUUUUUUCUUAAAUAUCAAAAUAUUCUUUAAACACGGGAUGGCAUGUGUUUUUGUGAUGUGAUUGAGUAGGAAGGACAGGCAAUUUUGAAGUUCCAGGUGUGGGUAGUUCAGCUGAAUGCUACCAGAGUGAAAACUGUUUCUCCUUGGAAGAGCUUCCAGGAUCCCGAGCAGAUUGAACAUAGUCAGCUUUCCCUUCUGACCAUGCCAAUCACAGUUGUGGAAAAGUGACUGUACACAGAUUUCCAUCUAAUUCGUAAUAAUUCUGAGGGGGAGGAAAACUGAAUGCAAGUGACACCUAUUAUUGAAGAGAUCCAUAAAAGUGUCUGCUUCUGUUCCAAGAUCAGGUGAAACAGUAAAAUCUACAAGUCCUAUCAAAUGGCACUCGGUAAUCAAACUUCAGUAAAUCAUUUCUGAUGCACAAUUAAAAUACAUUGUAGCACUAUGUUAAUUAUAUUAAAAGUCAAUUCAUCUUGAAUGUAUUAUCAGUUGCCUAUCAAGAAUUGGUAUGAUGAUCAUUUCUGGGUCUAUUGAUUGGUUUUUCAUCAUGGAAACAAAAAUUAACAUUAAAUCAAGUAAGUUACGACUAUGAAACCUAUUGUUUAAAAUAUGUUCAUAGACACAUUCAUAAAGUUUGAAUAUAAAGUUCUAUUUUCAGAAUCCAGUUGUGUUGAACAGUUUUAUGUAAAUUCCUAAAUGUUCAAGUCAGGCGGCAUGAUUUCAGUAGACUAUUAUCCUCUUCAAGAUGAAUUUUUAGGCCUGUAUCAGCUCUAACAUUCUAGUCUUCAUUUUCUCACUUGAAGUGAGGAUAAACAAAAUGGCAGAUUUCAUUUUAGUAGUAGUAAAUCUUUAUUUUAGCUGAAAAUUUACAUUUAUCAGAAUGUGUCAGGGAAGAAAGGCAACAAGCCUUUUUAUACUUGAACUUCUAUUUUAAAUCCCCAAAGAAUUCUCAAUUAUGACUCUCAAAAAGUACAGAAAUGUUUUAAACGCUCAGCUUAAUUUAUUGAUUUCAAAAAUAAAAAAUGAGACCAGUUUCAAAAAUAAGGUCUUUCCUCCUACUCCCUACUGUCUGGCUCUGAGUGUCCCAGGCCUCUAGAGCGCUAGCUAGGGCAGCUGAAUUGAACUUUGUUGGGUAAAGAGCUAGUAUUUUAUCCCUGGAACCGCUUAUUCCUCCUGCCUCUUCCCCUGCCCAAGGCUGAAAAGUAUUCCAUUGUCCCAAAGUAGCAGGUUUAAGAUAUUUAUUUUCUGUGAUGUUAUAAAAAGAUAAUUCAUCGUGGAGGAAUAGUUCAUGAUAUUUUUCUGAUAAGCUUGUGAUUCAUGUCGUAUCACAAUUUAAGCCACUUAUUUUCAGUAUCUCAGCACUCAUCCUGUCACUAUUUUUCUCUAGAAAUAUAUGGAGAUUUUGAACGGUUAA